GUCUGCGGCGGGGCCGGGCCGGGCCGGGGCGGGAGCUGAGCGCGGCGCGGCUGCGGGCGGCGCCCCCUCCGGUGCAAUAUGUUCAAGAGAAUGGCUGAGUUCGGGCCUGACUCCGGGGGCAGGGUGAAGGGCGUCACCAUCGUGAAGCCGGUAGUGUACGGGAACGUGGCGCGGUACUUCGGGAAGAAGAGGGAGGAGGACGGGCACACGCAUCAGUGGACGGUUUACGUGAAGCCCUACAGGAACGAGGACAUGUCCGCCUACGUGAAAAAAAUCCAGUUCAAGCUGCACGAAAGCUACGGGAACCCUCUCCGAGUCGUCACCAAACCGCCGUACGAGAUCACCGAAACGGGCUGGGGCGAAUUUGAAAUCAUCAUCAAGAUAUUUUUCAUUGACCCAAACGAGCGGCCUGUAACCCUGUAUCACUUGCUGAAGCUUUUUCAGUCUGACACCAAUGCGAUCCUGGGAAAGAAAACUGUAGUUUCCGAAUUCUAUGAUGAAAUGAUAUUUCAAGAUCCUACUGCCAUGAUGCAGCAACUGUUAACAACGUCCCGUCAGCUGACGCUUGGUGCUUACAAGCAUGAAACAGAGUUUGCAGAUCUUGAAGUAAAAACCAGGGAAAAGCUGGAAGCUGCCAAAAAGAAAACCAGUUUUGAAAUUGCUGAGCUUAAAGAAAGGUUAAAAGCAAGUCGUGAAACCAUCAACUGUUUAAAGAGUGAAAUCAGAAAACUUGAAGAGGAUGAUCAGUCUAAAGAUAUGUGAUGAGUGUUGGUAAGGAGCCUGUAAUGAGGAUGAAAGGACUUCAGUCGUGGAGUUGUAUGCAUUCUCUCCAAUUCUAUAAUGGAGACUGUAUGAAUUUCAUUUGCAAAUCACAGCAGAGUGUGGCAACUGACUGUUUAUAAAUGGGAGAAAACAAGAAUGAAUGUAUCCUCAUUUUAUAGUUAAAAUCUAUGGAUAUGUACUGAUUUAUUUCAAGGAGAAGGGAUCGUAGAGACUUGGAGGCCAGACUGCUGCUUUUGACUGCAUUUGAGUGGUAUAGGAACAUUUUGUAUACGGUCCUGUGUUAGUUUACAGAACGCCACUGUUUACUGUUCUUGUUUUGUUUUUUACUUUUUCUACUGCAACUUUAAGGUUUUAAAAGUUGAAAAUAAAACAUGCAGGUUUUUAAAUA